GUCAUUCUUCAGUUUGAUUCGAAACAGUUUGGUUGUUGCCGCCGGUUGCUCUUUGGUUUUGGCACAGUGAAUGUCGUUCGAUUGCCACCAAAAACGAUAUCGUCAAGUCGGUGAUUUAAAACCCGUCCGACAGCCUACCAAAAACAAUUUCUCGCUCCCGACUAAAUUCGCCUUUUGAGCCAUCAAUUAAAAAAUUAUACAAUAACAAAAUGCAAAUACCGAACAACAGAUAACUUAACGAUAAUUUACAAAAGCGCUUAUAAAAAAGCUGAACAAAAAGUUACAACAACAACAAAAAUAUCGCAAAUUACAAAUAAAACACCAACAUUUUGGAUACAUUUUUGAGUUGGACCCAAAAAACAAUGUCUGGCAAAGUGAAGCGACCGGCGCUGUCAGCGUCGGCGCCCCUCUGCCAUAGCUUCUUCGAAUACAUCCCCGGCGGCACCAUCAUCUGGCUAUGCCUCUGUCUGGUCUUCUGCAGCGUCAGCGCACAAGAUACCUCCAGCUAUUAUUUCCCAUCUCAAAACCGUUUUGUGCCAUCGUCUGGGGCCUUUCCCCGCCAGCAGCAGCAGUCGUUGGGUAACUUCCGCGGCAGCUCCGGAGGAUUCUCGCCUGCUCCGGGCUCUUACCAGGAGCAGCUCCUAUUCAUAGCCAAUGAGAAUGGCGCCAAGCAGGUGCCAGCGGCUGGCAGUUCGCCGUUCGGAUCGCCAUUCGGCGGCAGCUCACAGUUUGCGAAAUCGCCACCGAAUCGCCAGUCGGACUAUUACGAUAUCUCGCCACGCCCCUUCGGAGUGCCCGCGGGGCCAGCGCCAGGCGGCGUUGGUGCAACGUCCGCGACGUCGUCGUCGUCGUCGAGCAGCGGCUUCACACGCUCCAAGGCGAUACGCAACGGCAGCGGCAGCGGCAGCGGCACAGGGAACAGCCUGAGCGGUGGCUUCCAGCCUCAGACGCAGCGCAUCAAUGUGCCCCACCAGCAGACGCAGUUUCUGGCCCACUUCAGUGAGAAUGACAAGCGACCGACGUCCAGCAAUGCGGGCAGUCGUCAGUUUGGGCAUGGCGGUGGAUUCUCACCCACACGGACGCGCGCCCAGACUCAGGCUCCAGUCUCGGCACUGCCAGAGUCUCCGGUCACAGCAGCGCCAAGUCCGUACAGGCCGCGCAAUCGCUAUCAGCCGGGCACAUCCUCCACAGCAGCCCUCACAUCCACCACGGACAGCAGUGCGGAGGUGAGCAGCAAGAGGUACAAUCGCUUCGGCAGCAACCGCUCCAAGGCGCCAUCCUCGACCACAACCACGCAGAACACACCCGCGGAUCGACCCAGCUUCGGACGCAAGUCGCCCAAUUCCCGGCGGCCGGUGUUCAUCAGUCGAGAGGUCAACGAGCCGCUGAGUGCGACGAGCAAGCGACCCUUCAACUACAACAGCGCCAGCAGGCUGAAGCUGACACGACCCACAGCCCGCACCACCAGCACCACUGAGAGCGCUGAGCAGGAGGAAGAGGAGGAGGAGGAGGAGGAGCGGGAAGAAGAGCUGGAGAGCGGUGAGCAGUACGAGCAGGAGUCGGAGGAGCACCCUGAAGAUCACUCGGAGUCGUCCAGUCUGGAGAAGUUGCCGCUGCAGGAGGAGCCAGAGGUAACCCCAGUGACAAUUCCACAGAACGAAGCUGCCAGUCCGGAAACUGCAACCCAAAAUGAAGAGGAAAACACGGAUCCGUCCAGCACCAGCAGCACCGAAGAGUCUCAAACCGAUUCUGCAGAGACGACAGGCUCCAGCGAGGCCCCCACCACGCUGCCCUCCAGCAAUGACUACGAGUACGCGGAGGAUGAGGAAAAUGAUAAGGCUAAGGCCACCACACCAAUGGCCCAGGAGAGUGAAUCCACCGAAGAGAUACUGUUGGAGGGCACCACGGAACCGCCACUGCCAGAGAGCACCUCAGAGCAGGAGCAGCAGGAUCCUGUCAUUGACAAGCAGGAGGAUCCUCAACCUUCCACGCCCAAGGAAACGUCAUCCAAGCAGGAGGAAGAAUCCGAGUCGGGGUACGACGACGAAGAGGGGAGUCUGGGCGAGGGCGAGGGCGAUGAGUACGAGUACGAGGAUGAGGAAGGCGGCGACGGAGAGCACGAGGACUCCACCAGUGAGACAGAAACGCAGGACUCCAGGCCAACGACAAGCAGCGAGCACAAGGAAGAUCGCGAGGUAAUCUCUGUGGUGACCACCAAGAGCGUGGUCAAUGGCUCAACUGUGAUCCCUGCCCCCGUCACGCCGAGUAUGCCCACGGAGGAGAACGAGAAGGAGGAGGAGCAGCAGACAGAUGUGCAAAAGGAAACCCCAGCCGAGAGCGAAGACACGGCCAAUGCCACCGAGAACUACGUUGUGGUUGCCUCGAUACAGCCUAGCCGAAGCAUCAACGGAGCCCGCUUCCUCACCUUCCCGGCCAUCGAGCAGGAGGAGACCAAGCAAACGCUCUCCGAGCUGGAGCGAAAGGUGCACUCCAAGCAGCAACAGCAGCAGCAGCAACAGAAGCAGCCCGAGAGCAGCGAGGAGCCGAGCACCUCCUCCACAUCUACCCAAGCGCCGCCGCUGGCCGCCUCCACCGAGAGCAUCAUCGAUAAGUUGGACCGCGUUCAGUCGGAGCUGUCCAGCGGCCUGUUGUCCGGCAAGUAUCCGAUCAUCAGCCAAAUGGACUCCUCCACACCAGCCACCAGCACCACGCUGGGAUCGGGAUCCGGAAAUGGUCGAUUUGCGCCUCACAUACGGAAGUUCCAGCCAAAGACUACGCCGGCGCCGAGCACCACGAGCAGUGGCAGCAGCCGGGUGAAGGUGCAGCACUUUGACGAGAGCGAAAUGGACGAGCUGGCUGGCCUUUUGCCCGUGGGAUUCAAGCCAAAAUCCAGCUACAAGAACCGCAAGAUCACCACCACCACCACCUCCACUACGGAAGCACCCGCCGUGGAGCCACCUAGGAAGCCAGGACGCAACAGCACCAUCAGUCGGUCCUUCAAGAACGGUCAGGUGACCGUGCAGGAUGUGGCGUUGGCGGGUCUGCUGCCCAAGGGCUACAAGCCACCCAGAACAACAGCUAAAACAACGACAACGACAACGACCGGUCCGGAGGAGGGCGGCAGCAGCAGCAGCUCCAGUCUGGAGAGCCUCUUCAGUGGCAUCAAGUUCGACGACAGCUUGGCCGCACUCCUGCCCAAGGACUACAAAGUGAGCAGCACGCCGCGGCCCGCCUUUACGACUGUGGACGACAUCUCCAAGUUUCUGCCGCCCGGCUUCAAGCUGAACAGCAGCAGCACCACCACGCCCCGAUCCCAUCCCGUGGCCGUGCCUUUCGAUGAUCUGAGCAAGUUCCUGCCGCCCGGCUACAAGGCGCCCGCCAAAGAGAAGGCAGAACCCGUGCCGAAGCUGCCCGAAGGCAUCUUGAAGCCCAUCAAAAUAGAGGAUCUGAGCGCCCUCCUGCCGCCGGGCUUCAAGCUGAACGAGACGACCAAGACCACGGACACGUCGAGUGAUGAGGAUCUGCUGGCCUCGCUGCUGCCACCGGGAUUCAAGUCGCCGAAGGUACAUCCCGCCUCCACCUCCACCUCCACUACGACCAAAAGGCCAACGACCAAGACGCUCGCCUCGAGCACCACGGAAGCCCAAGCGGGCGAAGGAAGCAGCGGCCUGAAAGUGGUCUUCCCGAAGGGUUUCCACAAGAGACUCGGAUCGCAUCGCCUGACCACGCCACACCCCGGCAACGAUGGCCAGGCUGACGCUGCGACACCCUCGUCGGACGGCACACCGCCAGUUGUCAUCAAGAAGGGUCCACCCCAGCGAGCCACCACAGAGUUCACCGGCUGGCCCACACCGCCCACCACGCCGCUGUCAAUCGAGAAGCUGAACGCCCAGACCAUCAACUUUGAGGAUCUGCUAACACCCAGCGCCAGCAGCAGCACCACCAGCACCAGCACAUCCACAACGAGCACCACGACAACGACAACACCGCGCCCCACCAAACCAGGACACUGCACUUCCGAUUGUGAUCUGGCAGCCACCAUAAAGAUCAUCGACGGAGUGGCCUGGAAGCCGGAGCUCCUGGAUCACAACACGCUCGAGUGGAAGAAUCUAGCCCACGAACUGGAGGCGCAGCUGAAUGAAGUCUACUCCAGCGCUGAUCAGCUGAACAAAUGGUACAAGAAGGUGCGCAUCGAUAGCUUCAGCAAGGGCAGUGUGCUGGUCGAUUAUUACGUGGAGCUGGCCAACAUAACGGAGGAUGUGGACACGCAGGAGAUCCGGCAACUGUUCCACGAUGCGCUGACCAAACCCGUGGCCCCAGCACUGCCCGACAAGGAUGCCCAGGAGAAUGAGACGGACAGCGUGUCCGGGCCGCAGGAGGAGCAACUAGUCACGGCCAGCUAUCAGAUGGGUAAAUACAUCAUUGAUCCAGUGGCCACCGAUUUCAGUGUCAUAGCCAAGAAUGUCAACACAAAUGUGGAGUUUGCCGAGGAGGAUCUGCUCAUUCCCCAGUGGGCCAUUGUCGUGAUAGUGAUUGGAGUUGGAUCCCUUGUGUUUAUCAUCAUCUUUGGCGUCACAGUGCUGCUUAAUCGUCAGAAGAGGGCCAAGAAGACGCCGAUUCCGCUGACCAAUGACAUGCUGAACGAGCUGAAAGUCAAUCACAUGGGUGGAGCGGAUAACUAUGGUGUGGAUGACUUCUACAACAUUGAUGACCCCUGGAACGAUACCAAGCAACCGAUAAAGCCGAAGCGCUUCACCAAUUCCAUGCAUGGCAGCAACAGCUCCAACAUAUACGACAGCUGGCGCUCCACCCGUCAUCCGCACAGCAAUGCCGACUAUUUCUAUGACCAGCAGCCGACGUACUCGCAGAAAGGCGACUCCCUGAAGAGGCCGCAUCAUGGCCACCAUCAGUAUCCCGCCCAUACCCAUCAGCAGCCACAGCACCAGCACCAGCAGCAGCAACAGCAUCCGCAGCAGCAGCAUCAGCAGGCGUAUGGCCACCAAUAUCCGGAUGCCUUUGCCGAUGCCCACCAGAUGUACAGCUAUAACAAUCAUGCGAGUCGGACGCGCUAUUCCCGCGACUACGAUCCCGAUUUCUAGUUAAGCCACCGACCACACCACACCACACCACACCCAUCCACGCACUAGUUUUAGUAACAUGCGAACGAUUGUGUGUUGUGGCGUAACAAGAUAGCCUAAAGUAUCAUAGUAUGUACCUACAUAUAAUGCUAUUGUUUAUGCUCGUAUUUAUCGUACAGUACUCGUACUCUCUGCUGGCUUGCCUCAAAAGUUGUCCCGCUUUUCUGUACCCACAGCCAGAGGUAUUCUAAAUGGAGCUGCUAUCUGUAUCUGGAUGCGAUGUACUCCGGUAUAGCUAUUAUAGAUGAUACAGAAUAUAACUUGGGGUCGUAUCCCUGGAAAAUAAAUAGUCAUGCACUCUUAGUUAAUCUUAGCUCGUAAC